GGCUUCAAAAGCAAACCCAGAAAGAAAGGUCACAUACAGCCUGACUUGAUAGAUGUUGAUUUAAUAAGAGGUUCCACAUUUGCCAAAGCUAAACCUGAAAUUCCUUGGACAUCACUUACAAGGAAGGGAAUUGUGCGGGUUAUAUUAUUCCCAUUUUUUAGUCAGUGGUGGAUACAAGUCACUUCUUGGCGUAUAUUUAUGUGGCUGUUGGUAUUGUACCUCCUGCAAGUUGUAGCGAUUACAUUAUAUUCCAUAAUGCCAAUAGUGAGUGCAAGUGAAAUCAUUGGACCAUUGUGCCUUAUGCUACUCAUGGGAACUGUGCACUGCCAGAUAGUAUCUACUCAGUUAUCUAAAACUUCAGGAAGUGAUGCGAGUGGUGUUGGUCGAAGAAGGAGAAAAGCACGCAAAUUUGCAGGAGGUGAUAGCUAUACUUCCUCUGACAAAAUCAGCAGAAGCGAGGAGUCCAUGGAGCCCUCAUCCAGGAUCAGCGGCUUGUUUGAUUCAGUAUUACGCCGAAGGAGCAGGGAAGGGAUGAAAAGGGGAAAACGGGUAGCCGAUAAAGGGACUGAAGCAGAGCAUAGCAGCAAUAUAAAACGCAGGAUUUCCAGAUCUGAACACAAUUUUCAGCGAUCGAAAGAUUCUGAAAUGCCGUUAAAUGUAGAUAGAAAACAGACUAUUUCUAGACAUUCAGGCAUUUCUGAUGAGUUGUCAAGUGAGGAAGAACCCGAUAAUGUGAGUCAGGUAGUUUUGCUGCGCAGAAGCGUAGAAGGUGGCCCUAGUGUAAUUGUAAAUGAAGAUCAGGGCAAAAGGUCUUCUCUUAUUUCUCCAUCUGCUUCAACAAAUCAGUCAGUGUCACAGGUCAACGAGGUUGUGAAAUCUAUGCAAGAUUCGGACAGCGUAGUGGAAUCAGAACUUGAACUAACAAUUCCUCAAGAGGAGUCCAAAUCCCACUAUAGUAGUGAAUCUCAAAGCGGUAGUGUUUCGCAUAGAGAUUCGGAGAGUACUCGUCAAGACUCUGAGACAGAAGAUAUGUUGUGGGAUGAUUUGCUUCAUGGACCCGAAUACCGAUCCUCUUUCACCAGUGACAGUGAGGAAGCCAAAGGAAAAAACAAGAAAGCAAACAAACGAGAUCUGAAGGAUGAUGUUUUCCAGCAGAACCACUUGUUCUGGCUGCAGAAUACAAGUCCUGCCUCUACCAAAGUGAGUGCUCUCAUCUGGGAGGGGAAUGAGUGCAAGAAAGUAGACAUGUCUGUUCUGGAGAUCAGUGGAAUCAUUAUGAACAGGGUCAAUGCCUUUCACCAAGGAUCUGGUUAUCAGUGGCUGGGCAAUAUUGUUACCAUCAGUUUAGCUUUCCUUCCUUUCCUCUAUCGACUCUUCCACUCAAAGACCUUUGAGCAGAUGUGGGCCUUGAGUGCAAAAGAAGUUCUGCAUAUCUUUUGUGGGGGUCCCCCAUUCCCCCCUAUAAUCACCCUUGCAAUGAUCAUUUUUCUGGAGCGCCUCUGCCUCACCUGGAUGUUUUUCUUCAUGAUGUGUGUUGCUGAGAGGACUUACAAGCAGAGGUUUCUGGUUGCCAAACUUUUUAGUCACAUUACUUCUGCUCGGAAAGCAAGAAAAUAUGAAAUCCCACAUUUCAGACUCAAGAAAGUAGAAAACAUUAAAAUCUGGUUAUCACUUCGUUCCUACUUAAAGAGGCGAGGCCCUCAAAGAUCUGUUGACGUAGUUGUAUCGUCCAUAUUCUUACUGGCUCUUUCCAUUGCUUUCAUAUGCUGUGCACAGGUUUUAAAAGGUCAUAAGACAUUCUUGAGUGCUGCUUACAAUUGGGAAUUCCUAAUCUGGGAAACUGCCCUGCUCCUAUUCUUGUUGCGUUUGGCAUCGCUAGGCUCUGAAACCAACAAGAAAUAUAGUAAUAUUUCAAUUCUGCUAACUGAACAGAUAAACUUGUACUUAAAGAUGGAAAAGAAACCAAACAAGAAAGAACAGCUCACACUAGUAAAUAAUGUCCUUAAACUCUCCACCAAACUCUUGAAGGAGUUAGAUACACCAUUUAGACUAUAUGGAUUGACAAUGAAUCCCUUGAUCUAUAAUAUUACACGAGUGGUGAUCCUAUCGGCAGUCUCUGGAGUUAUAAGUGAUUUGCUGGGCUUCAAUAUCAGAGUAAGUGUUGCUAUGUACCUGUUGAGGAUAGCUCAGUUAUUUGUUUUUCUAGUGUUGUCUACAUAAAGGCUAUAUUCUGUCUGCUCAACCACAUGCAAAACAGUGUAAUUGUGAAAAUAAAAGAGUUACAGUGGGG